AUGAACCAGAUACAAUCGAUCAGGAAAUUGAGUGAACGGGAACUGGAUCAUGGUAUACUUACAGUAGAAGCAUCGUGGCAUUAUCAAUAUAAAGAUCAAGGGUAUGUCUACUUUAGCGGAAUGCAUUUCGAACUAACGGAGGGUGAUAUUUUAACGAUAUUCUCACAGUUCGGAGUUCCUACAGAUAUUAAACUCGUUAGGAAUAGAGAAACAGGUGAAUCCAGAGGAUUUGGGUAUCUAAAAUAUGAAGAUCAGCGGUCAACUGUUUUAGCUGUUGAUAAUCUUAAUGGAGCCAAAAUAUGUGGAAUUACCAUAAAAGUUGACCAUACCAUAUACGAACCACGAGAUGAUGAUGAAGAAUACAUUAAUCAUGUCAGAGAUGAGCUGGCAAGAGAUAUUAUAGAACCAAGUAAAGUGACUGAUGUAGGGAAUAGUAAUGAGUUCGAAGACCCCAUAACAAAAAUUAAGAAUAAGUAA